GAAAAAAAAUAUUCGAGGAAGGACAGAAAGUGGGAAGAGCCGAAAGAAGGAAAAAGAAAAAAGAAAGAAAGAAAGAAAGAAAGAAAGAGAAUGCCUACCCGAGCCGAGAUCACGUACUUUGGCGCCGGUCCGGCCGGGUUGCCAACCGACGUGCUCGAGACGGCCGCGCAGGCCCUAAUCAACUAUAACGACACGGGCCUGGGCAUCGCCGAGCACAGUCACCGGUCCGAGCUGGCAGCCAACAUCAUCAACGAGGCCAAGGCCGACCUGGCCAACUACCUGGACAUUCCGGCGGCCGACUACGAGGUGCUCUUCCUCCAGGCCGGCGGCACCGGCGAGUUCUCCGCCUCGGUCUACAACCUGGUGGGCGCCUGGGUUGCUCGCCAGCACGCCGCCGUGCUUAGCGAACUGGGGGCUGCCGCCGACGAGGCCGCCGUGGUCGCUGCCCUCCGCGAGCGGGUCGAGAGGGACCUCAAGCUCGACUACAUCGUCACCGGGGGUUGGUCCCUCAAGGCCUACCAGGAAGCCGUGCGCCUGCUGGGGCCCGAGUACGUCAACCUGGCCGCGGACGCCCGCGCCAUCAACGACGGCAAGUUCGGCAAGAUCCCCGACCAGAGCACCUGGAAGCUGAGCAAGGAUGCCGCCCUGGUCUACUACUGCGACAACGAGACGGUCGACGGCGUCGAGUUCCCCGAGUUCCCCGCCGCCCUAGCCCCCAAGGCCGACGGCACCGGCCCUGUCGUCGUGGCCGACAUGUCGAGCAACAUCCUCUCGAGGAGGGUGCCCGUCAGCAACUACUCGCUGUUGUUCUUCGGCGCCCAGAAGAACCUCGGCACCACCGGCGUGACCGUCGCCGUCCUCAGGAAGAGCUUGCUGCCCCCCGCGGUCACCCAGCCGAGCCCCGCGCUCAUGCGGAAGCUCGGGCUGCCCAUCCCGCCGAUCGUGCUGCAGUACGAGACUGUCGCCAAGAACAACAGCUUGUACAACACGCUGAGCAUCUUUGAUGUGUAUAUUGCCGGGCAGGUGCUGAAGAAGCUGCUGAAGACGUAUCCCGACAAGGUCGCUGGCCAGCAGGCCGUGUCCGAAAAGAAGGCGAGCAUCAUCUACGCCGCUCUGGAGGCCCAUCCAGAGGUGUACCGGAUCGUGCCGGACAAGUCGGUCCGCUCGAGGAUGAACAUCUGCUUUCGCGUCACGAAGAACGGAAACAUUGAUGAAGCCGAGAAGGCCUUCCUCAAGGAGGCCACGAGCCAAGGGUUGACCGGCCUCAAGGGACACCGCAGCGUUGGUGGCAUCCGGGCUAGCAACUACAACUCGAUUUCCCUGGAGGGAGCAGAGAAGCUGGCCAAAUUCAUCGAUGCAUUUGCUAAGGCAUGAAAAUCUGAACCUUUGAAUCAUUACAGUAUCGGUCAACAUCUUGUCGAGAGACGCGGAGGCAUGGAUCGGACGGGUUUGGUAGGCCUGGACUUGGGAACUUUAGGGGGAAGGCGGAAAGGUGGACAACAUGUUUGGUCUUUUUUCGAUCUGUUUUC